GCGAGUAACGGCAUAUGAGCGCUCGCAGAGAAAUCGCUAAUCACGAACGGCGGACGACAAAAACCCAAGAACAGGCAGAAAAAAAGAAGAAAGCAGUUAAAUAAUUAAAAAAGUGCCCCCAAACCGCUAGAAAGUGUGCGAAACUUUUCCUUUUUUUUGACAAGUUAUUUUCGAGUGCAAAAGCCGUGGAAAAGUGUGUAAGAAAGGCCAGCAGUUGGAAAUGCUAAAGGAGCAGAAGAAGGCGAGGCGUCUAGCUCACCCCUACAACCCCCUCACCCCUUACUCAUCGCCCCCACCACCCCCCUUCCGCUCCUUUUUCCCCAUAAGGCGAAAACCGCCACCGCCUCGCGCUCUCUCUCUCUCUCUUUCUCCCCCUCUCUCUUGGGUGUCACACCAAUACACUAACACACACGCACACCCUUGUCCUCCAAAAAAAGAAAUAGUAACGAAAUUAUCGAAAUAGCGAACACAACAACAAUAACAACAAAAUAUCUAAGCAGCCUGAAAGUCGCUACCCAAACAUUUAAAAUUUUUGUUUGUUUUUUUUCCGUAAGUGCAUAGUGAAACAAAGAAGAAGAACUUGAGGAAAAAUCUUUGAAAAAUUCGAAACCUUAUGUUCUGUGUUUGUGUGCAAGAGUGUGUGUGUGGCAGGAUACUUCAAGCAGCAGCCACAUCAUAACAAGCCAAGCUCCCUCUUGACCACAAGAACCAAACCACAAGCCAAGGAUGUGCCACAAAACACACGUUUGGACACAUUAUAAGUGACAAAACAGGAGGGAUGUUUAAUGACAAAUCUAAAACUACAAACAAAUUGGCAGCUACCAGGUUAAACCAAGAAAAAAUCGAAAUAGUUCGCAAAGUAAACAUUCCCAGCAGAGUGUAUAAAAAGUUUUGAGCGCACAUAAAAAAUAAUAAAAAGGAAAAAAAUCCCUGUGGCAGCGUUGCCACCCAGUGUCAAAAAGGGAGCUUCAGCGAGUGACUUUCGGCGAACGGUAUUUUUUUUUACUGCUAUUUCGCGUUACCCCUACGUUGCAGUCGGCGUCGACGUCGACAGCGACCGCGGCGGCGCUGCUGCAGAGAAACCUACAAUACACAAGCGAAAAAAGCUGUAGAAAAGCAAUGCAACAACAACAUCAAGAGCAGCAGCAAAAUCAGCAACAGCAACAAAAAGUGUAGUGGGUCGCACGCGCGACUUGUGUGUUUGAAUAAUGAAGAAGAAGCAGAAACAACAACAGCAGCAGCAGCAGAGGCAAAGCAAGGCGCCAUCUGAAGCGGAAUCGGAGACAGACCGCCCCGGCAGCAACAACAACAACCAUUCGCGUCCAACUGCAACAACAGCAACAACAACCAAGCGGCGACAAGCGGUCAACAGUAGCAACAACAAGCGCUGCAGUCGCAGCAGCAGCAGCAGCAGCAGCUGCAGUAGCAGCAGCAGCAGCAACGCUAGCGUCGGCAGCGACGGCAGCAGCAUGUCCAAAACAAGCAGCGGUAAUCCAACAGCAGCAAGUGCAACAAAUGCCGCCAAUGCCGCCGAUUUCAGUGCGUUCGACUUUAACGAUAGUUCCGAUAAUUCCGACACGCCGCUGGUGCCACGCCCACCCUUCCUGAGUCGCGCCGCUGCAGCGGCAGCAGCAGCAGCAGCGGCAGCCUUGAGCAACAUUAGCAACAAUAGCAACAAUUCGGCCGGUUCGGCGGGACAAAUGCCGCACAGCACCAGCAGCAGUAACAACAACAUUGGUAGCAGCAACAACAACAAUGGGGCAAAUGCCGUCAACAGCAGCAGCAGCAACAACAACAUCAAUAACAACUAUGGCCGCAGCAGCAGUCGCAGCAGCAGCAGCUCGCAAAGCAGCCUGGACGAGGAGGAGGACGACGAGGAGGACGAGGAUGAGGAGGAGGAGCAGGAGGAGGCAGUCUCCCAGCAGCAACAACAGCAGCAACUGGCGGCAGAGCAGCAGCAGCGGGCAGCGGCAGCAGCGGCCGUGGUGGCAGCGGCGGUCAAUGCGCUGCACAACGGCAACAAGCAGCAGCAGCAACACUACAAUAACAAUAACAACAACAAUAACGGCAGCAGCAAGUCACGAGAUCGUGACGAUCACCUGCAGGCACAGCAGCAACAGCAAUCGCAGCAGCCGCAGGACGAAGAGGACGAGGAGGACGACUACGACGAGGAUGAGGAGGAGGACGAGGAGGAGCAGCAUCAGCAGCAUCGCCAGCAGCAGGGCAACGGUCAUGAUCUAACGCCCACAGACCUGCGACAUGUCCUGCCGCCCAGCCAUCACGAUCAGCAGCAGCAUCAGCAACAGCAGCAGCAACAUCUGCAGCAGCAACAGGAGCCUGCUGUCUAUGACGACGAUGGCGAGGAGGAGGACGACGAGGACGAGGACGAGGUGGCCAGCAGCCACCUAGACAGCCGCGCCACCCUCUCCUCCGCCCACCUAAACAGUUCGGCGGCCGCCGAGAGCAGCGGUCUGCACAUGAGCGCCGUGGCAGCGGCGGCGGCAGCAGCGGCCGCAGCGGCAGCGGCUGCCUCGGCGGCCAAGCUCAGUGCCCAAUUGGAGCAGCAGAGUGCCAAUGCCCUGGACAUGGCCGGUGGCAGCGGUGCCACGCCCAUUGCCCCGCCACCGCCCAGUAGUUUGCUCGGCGGCAACAGCAACACCAGCUUCUCCACCAACAACAACAGCAACCACGCCCUCAGCUCGACGCACGGCAGCUUGGGGGCGGGCGGUCAGGGCACAAAUUGCAGCAACGAUCUGUUGACCACCGGUGGCGGCAAUUCCCGAGGAGGCUCAUCCCUGGGCCUGGGGAUCAACGCCUCCAAUGCGUCGAUGUCACUGCAGCAACAGCAACAGAAUGCCCAGCAGCAACAGCAGCAGCAUGGCGGUGGGGGCAGCGGCGGCAGCGGGGGAAGUGGCGGCAGCAGCGCGGCCAGCGAGCGGCGCAAGUACCGCCAUCAGAACUACAGCAAGAACAUCUACAUCGGCACCAAAAACGCCGAGAAAUGGGAGCACAUGCGCACCCGGCUGCAGUUCAAGAACGAUGUGGAGUUCGUCGCCUACCUUCUCAACCUGGCUGAUAACGACACGGAUCGGUUAAACAACCUGCCCCCGCCCUCUCCUGCGCACACGCCCACCAAAGGCUUCGAUGGGAACUUCAAGCUGGAGCCGAAUCUGAGCGCCAAGGACUUUGCCGCCCCGCCCGAAUCCUCGAUCAAUGGCAACGGCAGCGGAAAUGGCAAUGCGAGCGGAAACGGAAACGGCGACUCCGCCUCGGCUGCCUCCGUUCCCAUGGCCACGCCCACCCCGCCGCAGCGCAAGCGCUACAAAAAGCGGGUGCAAUUCACCUCGGAGGCGUUAAAUGGAUUUGCCGGCAAGGGCAAGGGAGCGGGAGGAGCCGGAGGAGCAGCCGCCGGCUUCACCUAUGCCAAGUCCAAGAAACAGGAGGCCAAAGCGGCAACGGCGGCGCUGAAGGCCAGUGCAGCAGCGGCAGCUGCGGCGGCCGCCUCCUCCGCCCUGCCCGAGGUCCUCGACUGCCGCAUCGCCGAGAAGAUCAAGAGCGAGCUGGAGGCGAAUAGCAAGGAGUCGCUGCCGAGUGCCCUGUGCCUCAAGAAAGCGGCAGCGGCAGCGGCUGCAGCAGCGGCGGCGGCGGCAGCGGCAGCAGCGGCCAAUGGCAGCGAGGAGGAGGACGAGGACGAGGAUCACCACCAUCACCACCACCAGCAGCAGCAGCAGCAUCCACACCUCCUGCCCGUCCUCCCCCCCGAUGCCGUCGAUGGGAUCCCCUCCAGCAAUGGCAACUUCCAUGGCCGCUCCAAGUCGCAGGGCGGUAAGAAAUCUCAGGCGGCCAAAGCGGCGGCAGCGGCGGCGGCAGCAGCGGCAGCGGCAGCGGCGGCCAUGAUGCCGCCCAACUCCUACGACGAGCACGAGGAGGAGGUUGGCGGCGGUGGACUUGGACUGGCCGGCAACGAGGAGGACGACGAGGAGGACGAGGAGCUCGACGAGGAGGCCCUGGCCCGCGAGAUGAAGAUGGAGCAGAACUUCGUGGAGGAGGAGGACGAGCACGACAUCGCCUUCCGGUCGCAGCAGUCCUGCCGCGAGUGCUCCAUUGCCCACGACCACAAGCUGUGUCCGCUGCGGAACGCCUGCGGCAAUGUGACCGAUGCCGUCGACCUGGGCGAGUGGAUCGAGCGGCGGAACCUGGAGGCGCUGGCCAAGCUGAAGGCCGAUGCCCAGCGGCAGGCCAAGCGGGCCAGUGGACGGCAGCGGCACGAGGACGACGACAUGGAGGACAUGGAGGACAUGGACAUGGACAUGGACAUGGACGAGUCCUCGCAGCUAUCGGAGCUGGAGACCAAGCCGCUGAUCACCUUCGCAGAGGCCUCGGUGCCCGCGGAGUUCGAGCUGCACAACGUGGAGCCGAACGUGACCGGGGUGUUUGCCCGCACCGAGGUCAGGGCCUUCACCAAGCUGGGCCCGCUCAUCGGACAGCCCGUCCAGACCGGCGAGGUGCGCGAGGGCAGCGACAUGAAGUGGAUCUUCGAGAUGUGCGAGGCCGGCGCCGACAAGUCGUAUCUGCUGUGCUGCGACAACCCCAAUGCCUCCAACUGGCUGCGCUUCGUCCGCCCGGCGCCCAGCUAUGAGGAGCGCAACGUCAACCUGGUCUCCAUCGACCGGCAGGCGUACUUCGUCAGCUGCCGCGACCUGCGGAACGGCAUGGAGCUGCUCUACUGGAGCGACGACUGCAACACCAUGUGGCGCAAGAAGCACACCGAGAAAACGAACUGCGGCGGCUGCAACCUGAAGUUCGAGCACCCCCUGUACUACCGCACCCACUGCUCCGUCUUCCACGACCCCUCGAUGAGCCUGACCAUCCGCAAGUACCACUGCAAGGUGUGCGGCGAGCCUGUCCUGGGCAAGGACAACAUCAUGAAGCAUGCGGCGGAGAAGCACGACGGGAAGGGGGCGUACCAGUGCCAGUUCUGCAGCAAGUUCUUCCUGCGGCUCAACUACCUGGAGAUGCACCGCACCUAUGGUUGCGCCUCCAAUCCGAAUCGAUCGCGGCCCGUCUGCGACUUUUGCGGCAGGAAGUUCUGCCAGCCGCAGAAGCUGAAGGCGCACAUCAAGCGCAUGCACAGCGGAUCGCGAGCGGCACUGCAGCGCCACUCGAAGGAGGUGCACAGCCGCAACUCGACGGUGGUGAGCUGUCCGCGGUGCCAGAAACUCUUCCAGAACCGCAGCAAUCUCAAGAUCCACAUGCUGACCCACUCGGGCGUGCGGCCGUUCAAGUGCGCCGAGCCGGAGUGCAAUGCGGCCUUCACCACCAAGCAGUGCCUGCAGUUCCACUACAAGAAGGUGCACAACUACACCCAGGAGCAGAUGCCCAAGAUCGAGCGGAGCGUGGCCUACACCUUCGACGCCUACUCCGGCGGCAUGAAGGUGGACUUUCUGGGUAAGCAGCAGCAGACGGCGACGGCUCCGCCGGCAACAGCGGCACCGCCGCUGGCGCAGCCCCGCCCUAAUGCGGCCGUCGUCUCCCCCUCCUCGUUCACAGAGCAAGCCCCGCGCCGGCGGCGCAAGAGCCUCGAGGACCAGAGCUCCAUGCUCAGCGGCUCGCUGCAGAGCGACGCCGAGUUCAGCGACGACAACCUGUUCGAGGCGAUCAAGAAGAGCGGCAAGUCCAUCAAGGACCUCUGCCGCAACGAGCCGAACCUCUCGCUGCUCAGCUCCAAGAUCUCCAGCAUCUUUGGCGACAAGGUGCCGUCCUCGGUGACGUCCGCCUCGGCCGCCUCCAUCUCCGUUUCCGUUUCCGGAGCGGCCUCCUCGACCGGCGGCGGCGGAGGUCGCAAGCGGAAGCGCAAAAAGGAGCCAAGUGCGUCGGCCCAGCAGCAACACCUCCUCCAGCAGCAGCAGCAGCAGCAACAGCAGCAGCAACAGCAGCAACACCAGCAGCAACACGCCCAGCAGCUGCAGCACCAGCAGCUGCAGCAGCAACAUGCCCAGCAGCAGCAGCAACACGCCCAGCAACACCACCACCACCAGCAACACCAGCAGCUGCACCACGAUCCGCAGCAGCAGCACCCGCAGUACCAUCCCCACCAGCUGCACGGCCACGCCCUGCCCCACCAGCAGCAGCAGCAGCAGCAACAGCAGCAGCAGCAGCAACAGCAGCAACAGCAGCAGCAGCUGCACGGCGAUCCCGACGACGAGGAAGUGGAGAACGCCCGCUUGGAGCAGGUGCGCCGCAAGCAGAACGCCCAGCUGAGCCUGGUGGAGUCCUUCCUGACCACCACCGCCCAGCGGCUGAGUGCUCAGCAGCAGGUGCAACAGGUGGUGGCGGCGGCUGCAGCGGUGUCCGCCAUGGCCGGCGCUGGCGAGGAUCCGGCCAAGCUGGGCCACAUGAUGGGCCACAUGGGCGUGGGCGUGGGCGUGGGCAUGGACGAGGAGGAGGACGACGACGAGGACGACGACGAUGGCGGCGGAGGCGGUGGUGGUUCGGCGGUGCAACAUCAUCCGCACGUUCACGCCCACCAGGCACACCACUCGCACGUCCAUGCCCAUGCCCAUCCGCACCACGCCCACUCGCAUUCGCAUUCCCACUCGCACGCCCACCCGCACCAGCAUCCCGCCGCCCAGGGGGCGGGGCAGCAGGACUACCGCCAUGCGGCGGCCAUGAACGCCGCUCUCGGCCAGAAUCUGGUGGUCAGCAAGGGCAGCAAGAAGUGGAUCCAGGAGGUGCAGGAAGCCAGCGAUGUCGGCGGCGAGGGGACGGGCGGCGGCGGUGGAGGUGGUCCGGGCGACGGUGGUGGUGCCUGCGGUCAACUAUCCGGCGGUGGACCAGGUGGUGGUCCGGGCGCGGAUCUGGGAUUCGCCGUGCCGCCGAGCGCCGUCGAUGAGCACAGCAAGCUGUUAGGCCAGAACCGCGACUUCCUCGCCCGCCUGAUGAGCAGCGCCAGCGCCAGCCACGCCCACGCCCACGCUCAUGCCCAUGCCCACGCCCAUGCGCACGCCCACGCCCACGCACACGCCCACCAGCCGCACCAGCAGCACCAGCACAGCGCCCACAGUCGCGAGGAGGACGAGAACAGCUCCUUCCUGGACGUCGUCGAGUCGAAUAAUAAUGCCGCCGCCGCGGCCGCCGCUGCUGCAGCUGCGGCCAUGUCGCAUUAUGGGGGCGGCACGGGCGGCGGCGGUGGCGGCGGGGGCGGUGGGAGUGGCAGCGGGGGCGGCGGCAGCGGCGGACAAACGCCGACGGGUCCGGCGACGGGCGGCACGGUGGCCGGCGGCGAUGAGCCCCAGAUGCAGAUGAACUCGCUGGCCCACUCGCAGUCCUUCAUGAGCUCCUUCUACAACAACGCCAAUGCCCGCGUGGGCGUGGUGGGCGGAGUGGGCGGCGGUGUGGGCGUGGGCGGCGGCUCCUCCUCGGCGAGCAUGCUCGUGGAGGCCGCCCUCAACUCCGUUGGCAAUAUGAUUGACAGCGAGAGCAGCGACCUCAAGGUUCCCACCGAUAACCACAUAAACAGCGACAGUCCAAUGAGUGCCCACGUGGAUCCCGAGUCGCAGCGUUUUGGAGCGGGCAGCGCGGGCGGAGCGGGUGGAGGAGGUGGAGGCGGGGGAGGAGGAGGGAGCAGCGGCGGAUCGUCGGGCGGGGCCAACGGAACGGGCAUCGGCGGAGCCAUGGACAACCUGGAGAACGAGCUGAAGAUGAUGAAGAACCUGGGCAGCUUCCCGAUGCAGAUACCGCCGCUGCCAAUGUUCCAGGGCGCCUGCAAUAUAUCGCCCAGCGCCUCCACGCCGACGAAUCCGCAGAGCAACCAGAACCAGAACGACGUGGACGUGGACGCGGGCAGUACUCCGCGUCCGCAGCAUCCGGACUCCGAUGGCUUCUCCUCCUCGCACCACCGCACCCCGCCCUCGCCCCCUCCCAUAUCGCCGGGUCGCGAUUACGGCGGAAUGUUUGGCGCCGGCAACGGUGGAGGCGGUCCCGGAUCGAACAGCACGCCGGCGGGCAGCUCCAGCGGCGGAGGAGGCGGCGGCGGCGGCGGUGGCGGAGGAGGCGGCGGGGGGGGGGGGGGGGCCAACAGCAUGUCCGCCUCAUCGCCACUGCCCGCCCUCCAGCCGCAGCGGCGGAACGCCUCCAGCGUGGGCAGCACCUAUCCGGAGCACGAGCUCAUCUCGCCCGCCUCCUCGCCGAGCAUUCCGCGCUACAACUUCAACGGCGACAUGAUGCGCCACAAGCGGGCGGUCCAGGAGCAGGAGCACCAGGAGCGCCAGCGGCAGAACAUCUCGCGGCACAACCAGAUGUCCAGCGACGAGGAGAACAGCAUAAUGCCCCAGAACAGCGCCGGCCAGGACAUGCGGAUGAAGUUCCCGCAGUCGCAGAUCGACCUGAUGUACUCCAAGUACGAGAGCAUGGCCAGCAACCUGAAGUACAACAGCCAGGAGCUGGACUCGCCGGCGGAGUACCGCCAGGCGGGCGGCGGCGGCAAUGGGCUCAAUUCGGCGGCGGCCAGCGCGGCAGCGGCGGCAGCAGCGGCGGCCAGUGCCGCCAACGACCUCUCCGACCUCCAGGGCCUCGACAUGAGCUCCCGGUCGAAUGCGGCGAGCAGCAACUACCACCACAACUUCCAGCUGCCGAGCAGUCGCUACCACCACCACAUCUACGACAUCCUCUCCGAUCGCGAGCAGCAGAGCCAGCAGGCGCAGCAGGCUGGCGGUUCGGUGGUGGGCGGAGGAGGUGGUGGUGGGGCGGGCGCCGCCUCGGUGGUGCACCAGCAGGAGCACGGACACCAGCACCACGCCAUGCAGCAGCACCAGCAGUCGGCGGCCGCCAUGCACAACAUGCUCAGCGAGCAGCUGGGCGAGCAGGAGCACGACCAGACCACCUCGGUGGACCUGAGUCGCACCGCCAACUAUGUGGUGUCGUCGCCGCCACAGCUGCCCUACAACCAUCCCACGCACCACGACAUGCUGCGCAUGGCCUCGCUGGAUCUCACCCCGAAUACGGCCAACAUGGCGGUGGGCAACAACCGCUCCUUCCUCUCCUCGCAGAUGCAGCACCAGAGUCGCGAGAGUCUGGAGCACCAUCGUCUGCUGUCGACGGUGGAGCAGCAUCGCAUUUUGGCCGCCUCGAAUGCGGCCGACCAGCAUCGCCUCCUCGUCGAUCCCACGGCCCAUCUGCUGAUGGAGCAGAACAACCGGCUGCUGGGCACGGCGGAUCAGUCGCGACUCCUUGGUGAAUCGGCGGCGGCGGUGGCCCAAAAUCGUCACAUGGCCAGGAGUUUCGGGGCCUACCACCAGGUGGCGUCCAGCAAUUACCAUCCGGGCGUGAGGCCACCACCUGUCCUGCCAUCCGCCAAUCACCACGCCUCCAAUCCGUCGAACUACCACCCCUUCCCCGCCUACUACUAAUGGAGGCGGGAGGGGCGCGGCUUUGUGGGCGCCAGUCCGGGCUAAAGUGCACUUUGUGGGAUAUGACCAUGGGACAUCCCGAUCCGCGCCAGCGAAAUCGAGUAGUUUAAAAUUAUGUUUAGUUUCCCCUGUUUCAGUAAAAUCAUAUUCCAAGGGAUUUCCACUAGAUACCAUGAAAAAAAAUCAAAAAUAUGCAGAAAAUUUAAAGAUUUCAAGAUAAAGAAGACUUAAUGCAAGCCACUUAUUUAGCUAAUGUAUUUUCCAAAGAAGUUCUACUUGCAAAAAAGUUGAACAGUGUGUUAAGGCAAAUUGAUAGAUUUCAAGUUAAAGAAGCAUUUCCUAUUUAGUUAAUGCAUUAUCAAAUGCAUUUUCCAAUGCAUCUAUGUAAAAAUAAAUAUAAUGGUAUACAAGAAUUCGUUAAUUUUUUUUAAAUUAAAAUGUUUUUUAACGAUUUAUUAAACUACAAAUGUUUUAAUUAAACAUUACAAAACUUUAAUUUGUUUUUUUUUCGAAUACCGUGUCAUUCUGAAAUAAACAUUGAAUUGACUAUAUUUAUUGAUAAUAUAAUUUGAUUAAAACCAAUUUUUUUUAACGAAAUUGUAAAUGCCUUAUACGAAUCAUACAACAACUCAAUUAAAAUCAUUCACAAUUCAUUCGAGUUAUUUAAAAACUUUUACGAUUCGUUUGAACAAAACACAAAUUUCCCUUUCACUUAUAUUCCUUGGAAAAAUGUACUGCGAAUUAUACUAAAAAAUUCCUAAAUAGUCAAAAAAUCGUUGCAUUUUAAAUAUUUUACUGAAUCCUCUGAAACUCAAUUAACAUGCCCCAAAACCGCUCGAAUUUGAAUUUCGAAAUGUGUGCCAAUACGUCUAAGUGUAAAUUUUGAUUUGCUUCUCUGACAUUCGACGGCUUUCAUGCCGAUUUUGUAUUUGUACACAAUAAUAUUAAAUAUGUAUAGUUGUAUAGGAAGCAUAAUUAUAAUAAAUAUAAAUAUAUAUAUACGGAAACGCAGAUAUGAAUGCAAUGGAAAACAUAGGAAACCAUAAAUAACAUAAGCCUGAUGCGAAAAUUUUUUUAAACGCAAAAUUCGCCGCUGAGUUUGGAUAGAAAAAGGUAAAUGAUAUAGGAAACGAUGUUGAUAAUAAUAUUUUUACACCAAGUGAAAAUAAAUGCAUAUAAACGAGUACAAAGUGUUAGAAGAGGACGGAAACUCUCCAAAUUCGGCUUUCCUAUAAACCCAUCCCCCCUCCCCCCAUGCUCUUCAGCUUUUCCCCAACCCACACCCACAACCACGCCCACAACAGUGUAUGCAAACUCAGCGAUCCAAAGGCACAACACGAUUCACACUAUAUAUUGUAUGUAAAGCAGAUAUAUGUAGACAUACGCGACCGAUCAGGAACUUAGCUCAAGCAUCUUAACACUUAACGGAAUGAGUUCGAAACUUCGAAGUCUUUUUUUUGUACUAUUAAAUUAUAAAUAAUGCGUAUCCAGUAUGGUAUAGGGGCUAUAUAUCGAUAUAAACUACCCAUAACUGUACUAAAUGGUAUUUGUAUAACUAAGUUAUGGUUUAAUGUAAAUUAUUAAAUUUAUAUAAGAGCGCUGAAGGCGAUAAAUGGGAGGAAAUACCGCAUAAUGAAACGAGAUAUAUACACCACAUACCGAAAAUAAAAGCCCAUGAUAAUAAAUAUUAAAGUGAAACACACACUCACACACACACACAUAUUUAAAUACAGAGAGAGAUAAGGGGAGAGAGAUCGCUGAUCCACAUGAUAUGUAUACACCUAUAUAUAUGCAUAUGGCGUAAUCAAAUUAUCGAUUAUUAAUAAACCGUAAAUCGAACAAUUAUUUGAAAGGAAAUCAAA